AUGACAAAUCAAUAUUCUAAUUUGGUUGAUCAAUAUCAUCGUGAUGGCUUUGUAAUAUUGCGAAAUGUCAUUGAUGAUCAUUUAAUAAAAGAAUGUCAACAACAUGUAGACUUUUUACGAAAAAAAUAUCCAGCUAUACCAGGCGAACAUUUACAUCAUCCUAUAAUGCGUAAUGAUCCAUUUUGGGUUCGAUUAAUAAGUGAUCAGCGUCUGCUGGAUCUGGCUACUCUCUUUGGAGCACCUUUCUUAAAAUCUGAUGAAGGUGUGGCCAUAUUUUCAUCACAUUACUUUUGUAAACCAGCCAAAACAGGCAUGACUGUUCUGUGGCAUCAAGAUGGCUCGUACUGGCCACUGAAACCAAUGAAUGUGUUAACAAUGUGGUUGGCUGUUGAUGAAAGCGAUAAGGAAAAUGGAUGUUUGAGAGUAAUUCGUGGUAGUCAUAAACAAGAAUUGACUACGUUAAAGGAUGAUGUUACAGUUAGUAAUGUUUUGGGCAGUUAUACACAUCGAGACGAAGAUAUUGAUCAAAACCAAAUCGUUGAUAUUAUUCUAAAGCCUGGUGGUAAGUCUGAGCACUUUUAUAUUUGUCGAACAUUUUACAGUCAUUAA